AUGGGAAACAGGUUUGAAGGGAGUUCUACAAUGGAUGAUGGCUGCGAGUCGCCCCGUGGUACGUGUGAGCGGCUGGUAGAGGUGAGCGUUUAUGACAAGCAGUCGAACGAAAUGCGUGUGUUCAGAUGUGAUUUGCAUUUGCUCGAGUCGUCCAUGACGUACUUCACACCUAUCAUCAAAUGUUACCUCGACGAAGAAGAGCGCCAAAAGUCGCGGGAAGAAAAGUCGUUGGAUAGGGCGUCAUCGACCGGUGCACGCUCCGUGAAAAACAGCAAGACAAAGGCUCACGAGGCCACCAAGCCGUUGAAGCGAAAGGGUAAAGAAGAGAAGCCCCCCAUACCACUCCAUGUCAACUGUGACAUGAGCACCUUUUCUUGGCUUAUGGCCUACGUGGAGGGGAAGCAACGUUCAUUUACUCCAAAGAAUGCCGUGUCGCUAGCGUUGUCGUCAAACUUUUUGCACAUGACACAGUUAGUUGAAAUGACCCUCCUUUACAUCAAGGAUCACCUAGUGGAGGUUAUUCUCUCGGGAGUGAACAUGGACUGCUUUACUGGGGAACUAUUGGCGAGGCUUGCAAGCAUGAUGUCGGAGGGCGAUGUCGCCAGGGCCUUUCUAAAACUAUUUGACUGGCAUGCGGAGGACUCACCAAACCGCCGCUUCCUGACAGCCUUAAUCCGACACAUGUUGUGCGACCGCUUCGGGGAGGGUCGUCCCAGUAGUCUUCGGUGGUGUGGUCUCUGUGGUGCUCUUUUUGAUCAACAGGAACUACAACACAUAGAGCGGCGGUAUAAAAAUGUUAGGCUCCCUGUGUGCCCCCGCGUGACUAAGAAUUCAGUUGGUCACCGGGGUGAGCUUCUCAAAACCCAUGUAGCGUCCAAGCAAGAGGCAAAUAUCAAGUUUCCCCCACUUUCGUGGCAUGAAAAGGAAGUGGAAGCGUGGGCGUGGCGCGUCGUGGGAUCGUUGUACUUGUUUGUCUGCCGCCGUUGCAAUUGUUGCGUCUCGCUGACGAACACUACCUGCCACUCUUGCCCCGGAGGCACCGCCAACUUUAGCCGCGCUGAAGGAGUGAGUAGUGAAGACGCUGACGCACUUCUUGCGUGGUUCGAUUUAGCAAAGAACUUGUACCCAGGAGGACUACGGCCUAUGUACUGCCCAAAAGAGGAGGCAGUGCGUGAACCUUUUCUACUUUUAACCCCCAAGGGUGGGUGGUUAUACGAUGAUGAGGGCGACUCAAGCGUGCCAGGUGUGUGGAGCACACAUCCAGCUGCAGUGGAAGAGUCCGUUGAUGCGAAGGGUUAUGUGAAUAUAGGCGUGAUGAAUGGGUUUGAGCGCUGGUUGAUGGAAGAGCUCCAACAAAUGAUGGAGGACUUUGACCAGUCAGGACUCCACGCAAAGCCGUCCGCAAAUCAACACGGCUCAUCUCCUGCACAAGCAGGGCCAUACUCACCUAACACUACGAUGUCAUCUCUUUCCCCAGGGCCGCGUAACAUAGUCGGAGGAAUCCACGGCGAAGGCGCCCCCGGCCGACCCGGGCUCCGCGGGGCUAAAGGCGUCGGUGAUACGCGAAUGAGACCUCUCAGUAAUGGGACUGACCUGUCAAGGAAGGUGAAAGAGGGAGCACCACCAAGUGGGAGGCUGCAGAAGCGUGACAAGUUGGACAGCGGUGCGAGACUGCUUUCUUAG